GAAGGAAAAAAAAAAAAGCAGAAUUACCUGUAGCUCUUGUUCUGGUAUCUCGGCCGCGCUCACACGCACCUUCCACCUGCACGGACUUGAAAGUCCAGUUUCACCAGAGACUUGAGGCGCCGGGAAAAAAGGGGAGAGAGAGAGAGAGUUCAUUGGAUCAAACAUGUCACAAGAGUCGGACAAUAAUAAACGACUGGUGGCCUUAGUGCCAAUGCCAAAUGACACUCCGUUCAACACUCGCCGCGCCUACACCAGCGAGGAUGAAGCCUGGAAGUCCUACUUGGAGAAUCCCCUGACAGCGGCCACCAAGGCCAUGAUGAGCAUUAAUGGGGAUGAGGACAGCGCUGCUGCUCUUGGCCUGCUCUAUGAUUAUUACAAGGUCCCUCGUGACAAGAGGCUACUGUCCGUCAGCAAAGUCAAUGACAGUCAGGAGGAUCAGGAUAAAAGCAGAAACUGCCUCGGUCCGAGCGAAGUGCAAAGUAAUUUGAGUGGAGGAGAGAACCGAGUUCAGGUGUUGAAGACAGUGCCAGUUAACCUUUCUUUAAACCAAGAUCACCUGGAGACCUCAAAACGGGAACAGUAUGGCACGAACGUGUCGGAGAGCCCGGCGCCGAUGCCCGUGUCCGGGGUCACGGUGGUGAAAGCGGAAGAGUUCACGCCGGUCUUCAUGGCCCCUCCCGUGCACUAUCCCAGGGGAGAGAACGAAGAGCACGGCCGGGGGGUCAUCUUCGAGCAGACCCAGUACGAAGUGCCUAGCAUGGCCCCCCACGCCAACUAUCUCAAAGACGAUCAGCGCAGUACGCCCGACAGCACUUACAGCGAGACCUUCAAAGAUGGAGUCUCGGAGAAAUACCGCAGUGCUUCUGUGGGGGCUGAAGAAUACAUUUUCGAACAGACAGCAAGUAGCACAUUUCAGUAUACGUUGGAGGCCACAAAAUCUCUACGGCAGAAGCAAGGAGAGGGACCGAUGACCUAUUUAAAUAAAGGACAGUUCUAUGCUAUAACUCUGAGCGAGACUGGAGACAACAAAUGCUUCAGACAUCCCAUCAGCAAAGUCAGGAGCGUGGUGAUGGUGGUAUUCAGUGAAGACAAAAACCGUGAUGAGCAACUGAAGUACUGGAAAUACUGGCAUUCUCGGCAGCACACGGCUAAACAAAGGGUCUUGGACAUAGCUGAUUACAAAGAAAGCUUUAAUACAAUUGGAAAUAUUGAAGAAAUCGCCUAUAAUGCUGUGUCUUUCACUUGGGAUGUCAAUGAAGAGGCAAAGAUUUUCAUCACUGUGAAUUGCCUAAGUACAGAUUUUUCCUCUCAAAAAGGGGUGAAAGGGCUGCCUUUGAUGAUUCAGAUCGACACAUACAGUUAUAACAAUCGCAGCAAUAAACCAAUCCACAGGGCUUAUUGCCAGAUCAAAGUCUUCUGUGACAAGGGAGCUGAAAGAAAAAUUCGGGAUGAAGAGAGGAAGCAGAACAGAAAGAAAGGGAAGGGUCAAGCAUCCCAAACCCAAGGCAACAACGCUGCCGAUGGGAAGCUGUCAGCAAUCCCCUUACAGAAGAAGAGCGACAUCACCUUCUUCAAAACAAUGACUGAUCUGGAUUCUCAGCCCGUUUUGUUUAUCCCCGAUGUUCAUUUUGGAAACCUGCAGAGAACUGGACAGGUGUACUACAACACGGAUGAUGAGCGAGAAGGGAGCAGCGUCCUGGUUAAAAGGAUGUUCAGGCCAGUGGAAGAAGAGUUCGGCCCAACGCCCUCUAAGCAGAUGAAAGAAGAAGGGAUGAAACGAGUACUUUUGUACGUGAGGAAAGAGACCGACGAAGUGUUUGAUGCUCUGAUGUUGAAAUCCCCCACGGUAAAGGGACUCAUGGAAGCGAUAUCCGAAAAAUAUGGUCUGCCAGUGGAGAAGAUCGCAAAACUUUACAAGAAAAGCAAAAAGGGGAUCUUGGUGAACAUGGAUGACAACAUCAUUGAGCACUACUCGAACGAAGACACCUUCAUCCUAAACAUGGAGAGCAUGGUGGAAGGCUUCAAGAUCACACUGAUGGAAAUCUAAGGUCCUGCCACCAGCCUCUCCUUUCAGCUGGAGCGGUCGCUGCAUUUCAUCCCUGGGAGAACCAAGCCCAUCCCCCAUCCCAGGCAGACCUUCCCCCCCCCCCAACCCCUUCCACCGCUUCCGAGGAGCUGUUACAGACCACGUUGGGGGCAGUGGGGUGGGAAGGAAGGGUAGGGACCUCCCCCGCUUUACCGACUGUGUCUCAACCUAACCACCACUGAGAGGGCUGAGACCCAACCUUUCCGGCCACGAAGAUGCCACAGAAGCUUCUUAGAUUCUUAUUUAUUGCCAACCACUGUCCCAGCACCAAGGGUUGAGGGGGAGAGCCGUGCUCUGGUCGAGACAGGAUAAGAACCUCACCUUGGCCCGUGGUGGGGUGGGUCCCCGCAUUUCCCCUUCCUCUAAACGACUGACCCCCAGGAAACUACUGAUGUGUGUCUUGACGGCAGCGAGGAAAGGAAGGCAGCUGAUCUCACACUCAACCUGCUGGCAGUCCAAGGCAGAGGGCAAGACAACCUUGCUCCAUCCCUCCCUCCACUUCUCCUCAGCAAGUGGCACGAGGACUCGAUCAGUAAGCUGGAAUGCAAUGUGUAAGUAACUCAGAAAAGUCUCACGUGUGUACAUAAUGUUUAUAAUAUGCAGUAAUAUAUUUUACCUACUCGACAUGGGCAUGUUUACUGCCCCUGGGUUGGGGGAGGAUCGGCCCCUGGGACGCCCACGGUGUCCAGAGGUUUCCAUUUCUGCACCUGCUCAGCUGUCAUGUCUUACCGGGGUCUGAUCUGGGCCCAAGGCACAAGUGCUGAGAUGGCCUCUCCCAGCUUCAUGGCACAGUCUUCCCCGGAUCUGGAGCGCACCCUCUGCCUCCCUGCUCCCACGCAACCCUUCACGGGGCCUGCUGAGGAUGCCGUGCGAGGUCUUGAGGUGGGGCAUAGCAUUUCUGUUCCUUCUGUUUAGUUCUGCAGCUCUUCCUGGAGCAAGUUGGGUGUGGAGUGAGAACGGUCAGUCGUUUCUAUCAAAUCCCUGUUUCUGGGCCAUCUCCUGGGGGCCAGAAAGGCCAAGAGGGAUGUUCCCCUCUUGCUAACCUGUAGAUUUCCCCUCAGGGCCGGCCUCCACAUGUCAACAAUGCUAAGCUGUUAGUCCCUCGAACAUCCCAAUAAUGAUACCCCCCCACCCUCCUGCCCACCACCUCUUCAUGCUUCGCUCACUCAACUCCUUUAUUUGGGCUUGAGAGAAAUCAGUUGAAUGUUUGUGAUUUCCAGGGGACCAGAGAACCUGGGCACCAGUCACUAACCACUGCACCUGCAGGCUUGGGUAGGGAUGAAAGUUGUUGGGGGGAUUUACCUUUAAGUCUGCCUGCCAGCAAGCCUCCCUUAUCAGGCUAAAUUUGGACGCUGUAGUCCUUGGCUUUCAACCUGUGGUUGUUCGCGUGGCUACUGGAUCCUCUAAAUCAAGGUCUCAGAGGAGAAAGGGCCAGCUUCUGGGCCAGGCCAGAGAACCACUGUGCCGCUGAGAAAGGAUAGAAAUGCUACGGUGAAAAUCGCCUGAAAAGGAAAAUCUCAAAUCUAUUGCGACAGGCCUCCUUCUCCCAGGCCCAUUUUAGAGAAUCUUCACCAAGGGAUGGCCUGAUCCCUUGAAAUUCCAGUGAGAUGGAGGAUGGCCACCCCACCCCUUUUUCUAGAAUGACCGCCAGUGGCCUGGAUAAAGCACUUUGGGAUGUGAGGAGAAAGAAACCCUGCAUUACUGCCUGGUCACUGUUACCGUGAGCUGCAUUGUCCUUCCCCUCACCUGCUAUCAGGUGGGUCCACAAUCCCUCUUGUUGCUGCUGCUGCCGCUGCCGCUCCAGGCCCCACAGAGCAGGGACUUGGGGAGGAAGGGGUAACAUUUUGUUUCUAUGUGUGUGUUCCUUUGGAAGCUCAUUACCCUUUCUGUAGGGCUCCAACAGGCAACACGUUUCGGGGUAGAGAUGCUUUUUUAUGGACUGAAUGUUGCAAACACAGACAUGGUUUACGCUGUACCAGUGCCCUGCGUGGAAAAGAGGUUAAAAAAUUCCAACCUGUUCCUGACGGGGCCGAGGUGCAGACACUCAAUGAAAUCACUUAUCGCUUUGCCCCCCUGAUGGAUGCAGCCUGUCCUUGGGGCAGUUGUUUUAACUAUGGUAUUUUUUAAGUGCUUACUAUUUGUCAAGCACUGUUCUAAGCAUUGAGGGAGAUGCAA